AUGGGCCAUGUGGGCUCAGGUCCUCUGCCGCAGGAUCGCCAGUGUGGGAAGUACACAGGGGGCCUGGAGGCUGGAAGGGGGCUGGUCCUGCCGGACCCCAUCAGUGGACGCAGUGCAGCUGGGACACGGGGCGCACGCCUGGACGUGGGCGUGGGGCUGGGAGGUUGCCUGCCGACAGAGCAUCUCCCUGGGGGGAAGGGCGAGACCCGGGCAAAGCUGAAGCGCUCACAGAGCUUCGGAGUGGCCAGCGCCAGCAGCAUCAAGCAGAUUCUGCUCGAGUGGUGUCGCAGCAAGACCAUCGGCUACCAGGCGAGGUACAAGAAAUUCCAGGCCAAGAUGCCACACGGUCAAGGGGGUCUCCGCCUCGGCCCUCCCCCUGAGCUCCGCACCGAGGGAGACGAGAGGCUGGGCGAGCUCUUCUCCUCCGGCGCCACUGACGACACUCCUCCUCGCCGCAUCGCGUGGGUCACAGGGGCUGGGGUUGGGGGUGACCCCGAGCCGCCAGACCCGCCCGCCGGCUCGGCCGUGGAGCCGGCCCCCGACCCCGAGGAGGCGCGCACGGUGCGCGAGGCGCUGGGCCGCUACGAGGCGGCGCUAGAGGGCGCGGUUCGCGCGCUGCACGAGGACAUGCAGGGGCUGCAGCGCGGCAUGGAGCAGCGCGUGGCCGAGGCGCUGCGCCUGGCCGGGCCGCUGGCGCGCACGGUGGCCGAGCUGCAGCGCGACAACCAGCGGCUGCAGACGCAACUCGAGCGCUUGACGCGCCAGGUGGAGGCGCUGGGCUUGGCGACCGGGCUGACCCCCGCGCCCGGCACGCCGAGCCCUCCGCCCGCCCCCGGCGUCCCAGACCGUGCGCCCCGCCUGGGCACCGCGCGCUUCGCCAGCCACGCCACCUUCUCGCUGUCCGGCCGCGGCCAGAGUGUGGAUCACCAUGACGAAGCCAGCGAGGCGGAGAUGAGGAGAACCUCAAACUCGUACAUCGUGGAGAACGGGCACCAGCCUGGGGCAGGUCCGGGUGAUGGGCCCCCCGAAGCCGCCCAAACCAUCCCAACACCAGAGCCCCUCAAGCCUCGACCUGUGAGCCUCUCUUUGCGGCAGCCUCACCAGCCAGUCACGGCCAUCACACGAGUCUCCGAGAAGUUCUCUGGGGAGACCUCAGCCACAACUCUCUCGCCCACGUCUGCUGCCAUCCUGGGGGGCCUCAGCUCAAGCCUCAGCGAGGCCAGCACAUCCUGGACUCCCAGUCCCAGUGAGAAGAACUCUUCCCUCCCACGGACUUUGUCCAGCUCUGGCUAUGGGGGGGUGACGGCCAGCAGGAACGAUAACAGCCCACCUCGGGUGACGCCACCCCAGUCGCCCCCCUCCACACAGCCGCCAGCCACGACUCAGGCCCAUCGGCAGGGGGAGCGUCGCCGGGAGCUGGUGCGGUCGCAGACGCUGCCCCGCACCUCGGGGGCACAGGCCCGGAAGGCAUUGUUUGAGAAAUGGGAGCAGGACACAGGAGCCGGCAAGGGGAAGGGCGAGACCCGGGCAAAGCUGAAGCGCUCACAGAGCUUCGGAGUGGCCAGCGCCAGCAGCAUCAAGCAGAUUCUGCUCGAGUGGUGUCGCAGCAAGACCAUCGGCUACCAGGCGAGGCAGGCUGGCCCGGCUGCUGGGCCCCGUCCAGAGGCUGCAGUGGACAUCACCCGCCUACCCUGCUCUUGUUCCCUGAGCCAUCUGGGGUGAUUACUCUUUUUCUCAUUUGCUCUUGCUUUUUGACCCUCGCUCAGCCACGGAGCUGAAAGCCCAAAGCUGCUCGGAGCAGGGUCUUUUUAGAGGACCCUGACUCCUCCUAACCUCGCUCCUGAAAAGGAGUUAACUAACUAGCCGGGGAGCAAGCAGAGCCGCGUUUUCCACUGACUGACACUGUCAGUUCAGAAAUGCUCCCUAUCCUGGCUGACCUUCGUGUCAGAGCCUCGUGACACAGACCUUGGCCAGGCCUGAUCUCAGAUGAAUGAACCUGCCAGCAAGCCCUCAUGUGAAGCAGGGAAAUCCUGCUCGGAGCCGGACUCCCUCCCAGGGAAGGAGAUCAGCCCAGAAUUCAUCUGUGCUGUGGACUCAGCAAUCCCGCACCUGCUUUUCUGGCGUCUCUUCUAUUUAUUCCCCAUCCAGGCAGCGUGGUGCCCAGCCCGGGGCGAACGCCCAGUCCUCACGUGGGGCCGAACAAGUGGCCGGUGCAUUCAUAUUCACCAAGACUUUGUAACGUCAUGGGGAGAUGUUCCUAAUGCCAUGCGAAGUGAAAAAAGCAGGACACAAAACUGUAUUUAGUGUGACGUCACUCGUGUAAAACACAUAUAAAAUGUUUUUUUUUUUUUUUUAAGCAUAGAACAGAUACAGCAAAAAUGUUAAGUUAUCUCUGAGUGGUGGGAUUAUGGGUGAUUUUUAUUUUCCUUCUUAUGCUUUCUCCUAUUUUUCAAAUUUUCUACAAUGACCAUGUCAUUUUGAAAGUCAUGGGGAAAUCUAGUGUGUUUUAAAUAAGGAGUAAUGGUAAGGCCCACGCCAGAGAGAUGUAUUGCUUCUGGUCUUUCGAGUUUUGUGCACAUAGCUGUAUAUAGGGUUUUUUUUUUCUUCAAUAGGUACGAAUUAAUAAAGUCUCAGAAUACUUUUGACAAGCAUCUCA